CCUAGUCGGAUGCUGCACCGUUCGAUCCUCCACCACCAAGACCGAAAGCGACUUCUCCACCGUCCAUUCCCGCCCGCCAUCCCGGCCUCCCCGUUCUCUUCGUCGCCUUCCUCCGCCUCCGCCGCCGCCGCCGCCGCCGCUCCUCCCGCGAUCACGACCGCGUCGCUGCAGCAAUGCGCUUCCCUGCCCCGAGCCAAGCUGCUCCACCAGCAGACCCUCGUGCAGGGCCUGCCCCGCCACCUCGCGGCCCGCGUCGUCGGCUCCUACAUCGCCUGCGGCGCCCCGGCCCGCGCGCUCGCCCUGCUCGAGCGGGUCCCGCCCUGCCCCUACUCGGUCUACUGGUGGAACAUGCUCAUCCGGCGGAGCGUCCAUCUGGGUUUCCUCGACGACGUGCUCGGUUACUUCCGGAGGAUGCAGAGGCUGGGCUGGCGGCCCGACCACUUCACGUUCCCCUUCGUCCUCAAGGCCUGCGGCGAGCUCCCGUCGUUCCGUCGGGGCGCGUCGGUCCAUGCGGCCGUCUGCGCUAAUGGGUUCGAGGGUAAUGUGUUCGUGUGCAAUGCGGCGGUGGCCAUGUACGGGCGGUGCGGCGCUUUGGACGAUGCGCGGAAGGUGUUUGAUGAAUUGUCCGAGAGAGGGAUUGGUGAUGUCGUCUCUUGGAAUUCGAUUGUGGCUACUUAUGUUCAGGCGGGGGAUUGUAGGAAUGCGCUCAGGUUGUUUGAUCGGAUGACCUGGGAUAGUGGCCACGUGCCUGAUGCCGUUAGCCUCGUGAAUGUCCUCCCUGCUUGUGCUUCGCUUGGUGCAUCGAUACAAGGAAAGCAGGUACAUGCUUUUGCCCUCCGUAGAGGGUUGUCUGAGGAUGUUUAUGUGGGUAAUGCUGUGUUGGAUAUGUAUGCCAAGUGUGGGAUGUUGGAUGAAGCGAGCAAGGUCUUUAAGCAAAUGGAGUUUAAGGAUCUUGUCUCAUGGAAUGCCAUGGUCACUGGAUACUCGCAAGUCGGCAGAUUUGAUGAGGCUUUGAGUCUUUUUGAGAAGAUGGAGGUUGAGAAGAUUGAGUCGAAUGUGGUGACAUGGAGUGCUGUGAUUGCAGGGUAUGCCCAGAGGGGGCAUGGUCAUGAGGCUCUCGAUGUCUUCAGGAGGAUGUGCCUUAGUGGGUCAGAGCCUAACAUUGUCACUCUCGUUUCUCUUCUCUCAGGUUGUGCAUCUGCAGGAGCAUUGCAUCAAGGAAAGGAGACUCAUUGUUAUGCCAUCAAGUGUGUUCUGAAUAAGCUAGACAAUGAUCCGGGGGAUGAUUUAAUGGUUAUUAAUGCUUUGAUCGACAUGUAUGCCAAGUGUGGAUCUGCUGGAGUUGCUCGCACCAUGUUCGACUUGAUAACACCAGAACAUAGGAAUGUGGUAACAUGGACUGUGAUGAUUGGCGGGUAUGCUCAGCAGGGGGAAGCAAAUGGUGCUUUGAAGUUGUUCUCUGAGAUGGUCAAUCAAGCAAACUUCAUAAAGCCAAACGCUUUCACCAUAUCAUGUGGCUUGAUGGCCUGCGCUCGUUUGGCUGCCCUGAGGUUUGGUACACAAAUACAUGCCUACAUAUUGCGAAAUCAAUACGACUCUGUGAUGGUGCAUGUGGAGAAUUGCCUGAUAGAUAUGUACUCCAAAUCUGGAGAUAUUGAUGCAGGUAGAGUUGUGUUUGACCACAUGCAGCACAGGAACACCAUUUCGUGGACAUCGCUGAUGACUGGUUAUGGAAUGCAUGGACGUGGUGACGAAGCUCUCUGGGUUUUCAAUGAGAUGAGGAAAGCAGGUUUGGUGCCUGAUGGAGUCACCUUCGUAGUUGUCCUUUAUGCUUGUAGCCAUGCUGGACUGGUAGAUCAAGGCAUUGAAUAUUUUGACGCCAUGGACAGAGAUUAUGGUGUUGUCCCUGGAGUAGAACAUUAUGCUUGCAUGGUUGACCUCUUAGGACGUGCUGGUCGAUUGGGUGAAGCCAUGAAGCUCAUCAAAAGAAUGCCUAUGCAACCUACCCCCAUUGUAUGGUUCUCACUGCUGAGCGCUUCUAGGUUACAUGGAAAUGUUGAAUUUGGGGAAUAUGCUGCUAAUAAAUUGUUAGAUAUAGAGUCGGAGAAUGACGGGUCCUACACAUUGCUUUCUAACAUAUACGCAAAUGCGAGGCGUUGGAAAGAUGUGGCUAGGGUCAGGUCUGUAAUGAAAUCUACUGGAAUCAGGAAGAGACCUGGUUGUAGCUGGGUACAAGGAAUGAAGGGUACUGCCACAUUCUAUGUGGGAGACUGGACUCAUCCACAAUCGCAACAGAUUCAUGAAGUUCUCACGGACUUGAUCUUACGAAUCAAAGCUCUUGGUUAUGUUCCACAGACGAGCUUUGCGCUCCAUGAUGUGGAUGAUGAGGAAAAAGGUGACUUGCUCUCUGAGCACAGCGAGAAGCUUGCUCUCGCAUAUGGCAUCCUAACAACGGCUCCUGGUGCGCCGAUCCGGAUAACCAAGAAUUUACGUGUCUGUGGAGAUUGCCACAGUGCCAUGACAUACAUAUCUAUGAUAAUCAAUCACGAGAUCAUAUUGAGAGAUUCAAGUCGUUUCCAUCAUUUCAAGAAAGGGUCUUGCUCCUGCAAAGGUUACUGGUGACUUCGCUCAAGAUCGAGGGAAAAGUCUCUGAAUGUCUUCUUUGUAAAUUUGGAAGGUUGAAUCAAGAAUGAAUUCAUCUGAGAGCAGGUUCAGAAGGCAAUACUGUUGUUAUUUAGUUAGCUAUGUAAAUAUAUGUGUUAUUCUACAUAAUACUCUUGUGUCCAACUCAUAAAAUAUCUACAUAGCAGUUGGAAGAACUUCUUGUUAUUCUCGAAAAUCUGUUGAUAUAGCCAAUUGCUGUCAAUACACGGCAUAAGACAUGAGCGUUUAUAUCAUCAAGUCUAUUGCAGGAGCUGAUCCCCAUGAUAGAGUGCAUUAGAACUUUAAGGUUCAUUCUCAAGCCGUAAAUCUCUGGUUCUCAGUAUCUCACUAAUCUAAGUAACUGUCUAAAUUUUGUAAUGUCAUUGUCAUCAGUGUUUGCCAUUCCAUUUUCCUUUAAUGGUAUCGCUUCAUUCACAGCUGGAAUGGGAAUUUACUUUGGAUAUGAACUUGAUGUGGCAGAAUCAGAUUGAACUAAUUCGCCUUCGUGGUUCGGUGCAGGAUUUGUUCAAGGAUGACUGUUUGUGGAAGAAACUAUCAGGUUUGUUGUUAACUUAAAAAGGGAGGUUUCCAGCAUUUAAGGAUUUAUGCUGGCGAUAAUUGGUCCAGAUAUUAUUACGAAAUCAAUUAUCUCUGAAAACUUAGCGGACAUAGUGGAUAUGUGCUUGAUCUAGUCAUCUGCCAUUUUAUCUCAUGUCUUAAAACUCUCUGAAAGACCUUGUCAGUAUCGUUAACAAUUGAGUAAUAGAAUGCAGGGGAUUCCAAGCAAUGUGAUGAUAUAAGCAAUUUAUAGAUUGUCUUGUGGAGUUGGAAGGUUUCUCCAAUCA